AUGCGGGUGCUCGGUUGUCAGGUUUACAUACUGACGCCAAAGGAGAAUCGACUCAAGUGGGUUCCAAAGGCUCGCGCUGGCAUAUUUGUGGUCAUCAGUCGCGAUGUCAACUUUGACGAGUCCGCCUUUGUACUUUCGCCGCCAACCACCGCUGAAGAAGCCGAUCACACUGACUACGACUCCCUCGAUCUGGAUGAUGAAGCGCCAGGUCAAGCGCAGUACAAGCAAACAGGCAAGCGCAAGAGUCGUCUCCAUGAUACAGGAGUACCAGCUCCACCCACGCGCACAGUGCGUCAACGGCCUGGACUAGAAGAAUCAAGUGCGCCAGACAAUCACACGACCCACCAAGAAGAAGAUGAAGAAACGAAGAAUGCUGAUACAUCGACUCCGCCUGUGUUUUGGCGUGCGAGUGCGAACUCCAUCGAACCGGCAGUAGACUUAUCCGAGCCAUCGACUUUUAAAGCUGCGGUGAGCGUUCCUGAUCAAGUGCAUUGGCGCGAAGCUAUCCGUGCGGAACUUGAGUCGAUGCGACUUCGUGAGGCAUUCCGCGCAGCCAAGCUACCUAAAGGACAUCGCGCCAUUGGCACGAAGUGGGUCUUCAAGAUCUAG